AUUGUUCAAUAUAGGUCCAUGGUUUAAAGUACAAAUGUGACUAAUCGUUUACAAAACAUAGUGCCAAUCGCGGUAAUCGUUCCUUAGAUUAAUCAAGGCUUAUCAAACACAGUGUUCGUUAAGUUUGUACUUGUGUCACAUAUUCUACGAUGGGAAACAAAUCGUCUUUGAUGUUGAGAGUAGAAGAAAUAGCUCAAAUUCAAGAGGAAACGGGAUUCACUCCAAACCAAAUUGAGCGCCUAUACUCAAGAUUUACAUCCCUGGACAAAAAUGACUGUGGUACAUUGUCUCGAGAAGACUUUCUCCGCAUUCCGGAAUUGGCCAUCAACCCCCUCAGUGAGCGCAUAGUCCACUCCUUCUUUGCUGAGAGCCAUGAUGACCGAGUCAACUUCCUGCAGUUCAUGAGAGUGUUGUCUCACUUCAGGCCUAUUAGGAAGAAUAGGGAGAACAAAUUGAAUAGUCGGGAGGAGAAGUUAAGAUUUGCCUUUUCGAUGUAUGAUCUGGACAAUGAUGGAAAGAUCUCCAGGGAUGAGCUGCUGGCUAUCCUGCACAUGAUGGUUGGAGUCAACAUCAGCGAAGAGCAGUUAACCAGCAUCGCGGAGCGCACAAUCCUCGAGGCCGACACCAACAACGACCAGAUGAUCUCCUUCGAGGAGUUCUGCCACGCGCUGGACCGCACCGACGUCGAGCAGAAGAUGUCCAUCCGCUUCCUCAACUGAUCGCCUGGCCCGACUGACUGUCUCCAUUACAAUCAAGUGUAACACGUCUUUUAUUCUAUCAACGCCGACGACAACUAAUGUAGACGCAUGGUUCAUGUUUGUCGGGCCUUCAUCGACUAGAUCCUAGAUUAUAUGCCCUAUCC